AUCAGAUAUCAUCAUAUCGCUCACCCUUUCCUCGCGCCUUCUCUUCUUUUGUGUCUGCUCUACUCUGGCUUCUGCCUCUCGUCGCGUCGUCUUCCUCUUCUCCUCCCUCGUUCUCUCCUGCUAGCUUCGUACUUUGUGUUGAGACUGAAGAAGGAGAAAGGUUCAGGAGAACAAGAAAUCGGAAGCGAAGCUUGUGAGUUAUCAUACAGAAGCCAACAGGUUUGUAACGGGACUGCUGUUAUGGGUUCUAUUCAACAGCCAAUUUGGACAAAGGGAUCACCUUUCUCUGUGAAAGGACCCAGUUUCAGUGGACUCCCUCAUCAUGUUAAACUCAGCUUUGUUAAACCUUGUAAAUCUUCUCAACUUGAAGGAAGCUUGGUCACUGGCAGGAACCCCUCUUCUUUAUCUGUUCCUGCACCUGAAAUUGGAGGUAGUGGGAGCAGCUUUAUAGACCAUGGCCUCAGUGAAGCUGAUCCUGAAGUUCAGACAAUCAUCCACAAGGAAAAGCAAAGGCAGUUUAGAAGUUUAGAGCUUAUUGCCUCAGAGAAUUUCACGUCCCGAGCAGUGAUGGAAGCUGUUGGUUCUUGCCUUACAAACAAGUAUUCUGAAGGGCUUCCAGGCAAAAGGUACUAUGGUGGGAACGAGUACAUUGAUGAACUAGAGAUUCUUUGCCAGGAAAGGGCUUUGGCAGCAUUUCACUUAGAUGAAAAGAACUGGGGUGUGAAUGUUCAACCAUUAUCUGGCUCCCCUGCUAAUUUUGAGGUGUACACUGCACUUCUUAAGCCCCAUGACCGCAUAAUGGGUCUGGACUUACCUCAUGGGGGACACUUGUCUCAUGGUUUCAUGACUCCUAAAAGACGGGUAUCAGGAACAUCCAUUUAUUUUGAAUCUAUGCCUUAUCGGCUUGAUGAAUCUACAGGCCUCGUGGAUUAUGACAUGCUAGAAAAAACAGCCACUCUCUUUAGGCCAAAACUAAUUAUUGCUGGUGCUAGUGCUUAUCCUCGAGAUUUUGACUAUCCUCGUAUGAGAAAGAUUGCAGAUGCUGUUGGAUCUUUUCUUAUGAUGGAUAUGGCUCACAUAAGUGGGCUUGUUGCUGCUUCUGUGGUUGCUGAUCCUUUUGAGUACUGUGAUAUUGUUACAACAACAACACACAAGUCCCUGAGAGGGCCUAGAGGUGGUAUGAUCUUCUUCAAGAGGGAGCCUGUUCUGGGUGUUGAUUUAGAAUCUGCCAUCAACAAUGCCGUUUUCCCAGGAUUGCAGGGUGGCCCUCACAACCAUACAAUUGGAGGACUUGCAGUCUGUUUGAAGUAUGCUCAAGCCCCUGAGUUUAGGUCUUAUCAGAACAAGGUGGUUUCUAAUUGUCGAGCACUUGCAAGCCGCUUGAUUGAACUAGGAUACACACUGGUUUCAGGAGGAAGUGAUAACCACUUGGUUCUUGUGGAUCUCAGACCAUUAGGUAUUGAUGGGGCCCGGGUGGAAAAAAUUCUUGACAUGGCAUCCAUCACCCUUAACAAGAACUCAGUACCCGGCGACAAAAGCGCGCUAGUCCCAGGAGGCAUCCGCAUUGGAUCGCCUGCCAUGACUACGAGAGGUUUCACAGAGAAGGAAUUCAUAGCCACGGCAGAUUUUAUCCACGAGGGCGUGCAGAUAACACUGGAUGCAAAGAGGUCCGUUUCAGGUUCAAAGCUCCAAGAUUUCAUGAAGUUCGUCGGGUCCCCUUCGGAUUUCACAUUAACGGAUCAAGUAUCCGACCUGAGGAGGAGGGUCGAGGCUUUGACUACCCAAUUCCCCUUGCCCGGGUUAUGAGACAUUCGCCGGAAUGAACAGAUUAUGGGGCCGGAAGUUCAAGUUCGCCGUUGGCUUCAAGGUUUGCAUAAAACUGAUGAAAGAGUAGCAGCUUUUUUAUAGGAGUGGAGUUGUAUUGCAAUCUUGAAUAAAAGAUAACAAGGAACAUGGUUCUGCUGUGAACCAACCAAACUCUAAUUAUGGAAGUUGGAUGUGGUGUUAACAGGCAAAAUGGAACUUCUAUACGACUCUUGCAACAGGGGGAGGUUUAUGUUUAUUUGAAUAAUUAAGUUUUUAACAUUUAUAGUGGCAUUCUAUAUUAAUUUCUUA